UCAGACCAGAUGAGUCGAGCACAGAUCGAAUCGUUUGUCAUAACUGCAGUAUGGCGGAUGACAAGGAUCCAGUGACACGGCUGAAGGAUCUGGUGCAGCUGAAAGACCAGCUAGAGGAGAUCCAGAAGAAGGUGGAGAAUGAGGUUCAGGCUGGAAUCCCGCAGGGUGGAUCACUAUUAGCUUCUCCGUUUCUGAAAGGGUUCCUGGCGGGGUAUGUGGUGUCCAGACUUCGUUCUUCUGCCAUCUUGGGAGUCGCAUUGGGAACGCUCACUGGAAUCUACGCUGCUCAGAACUAUCAGGUGCCCAACAUUGAGACGUCCAUACAAGACUUCCUGAACUCUCUGAAGAAAGGACCCAGUAAUUAACAGAAUUAUCAGAAUUCGAGGAGAACCGACGUCGUGGCUGCUUGCAUUCGUGUCAUUUAAGGUCACAUUUUAGCCCCUUGUCUCCUCCCUUUCUCAUCAACUGGACAAAACUGUUUUGAUUUAGAUAAAAGUGUGUUUUGAGUGCUGUUUUGAGAGUGUCUCGCUUUGGGCUUUGAUAAUGAAGAGGGUCAUGAUGAAUUAUCACAGGCAUCAGACACAACUGAUUUUAGAUGAUUUGCAUUGCACUGUUUAAGAUUAUCGUUGGUCCCAGUCAGAAAUAAGCUAUUUUUAUGGGGUGAUGUUUGAUUUUUAAGGGCAUUUUUUUACCGUUUGUUUUCAUACUACACUGAGUCUUGUCCAGUUAAGUCAAAUCCAAUUCAAUCAAUAUCUAAUCAAUGAACUGAAGUGGUUACUACAGUGUUUAACCACAUAACUAGAUAGCCCAAGAAUAAAAUGUAUUAAAAAAAAAAAAAUCAAAUUUUUAUGAUUCAGAUGAGAAAAAACAGAUAAAUGUUGAGAUUUAUUUAAUUUCUGACUCUGGUCCCAUUGCAUCGAUUUCAGCUGGUUUGG